AUGGUGCGAAUAUCACAGUAUUAUUGUCAGCUGAGUUCCAACAAAGCACUACCAAUUGCUCCAAGAGGAACAAAAGUGGAUGAGCUAAAUGCUUCAAUAAAGUCUUCCGUAUUAUGGCAUCAUGUGAAGACACUUCAACUUUCGACAAAUAUGAGAUCGAGGCUUUCAAGAGAUCAAUCAGCUGAACUGUUUGCAGGGCAGCUUCUGAAACUCGAUGAAGGGAGAGUUUUAAUGGAUAAAGAACAGUUUCCUACACUUAUUCUAAUAUUUAAUUCAACUGGUUCUGUCAAUGAUAUGGUGGCUGAAAUAUUUCCUAAUCUUCUUCAAAAUUACAAUUCAGAUUGGAUCUUUGAGCGAGCUAUCUUGACUUCAAAAGAUUUUAAUAAUAUCCUAAUGAAUAAACUUCCGGGAGAAAUAUUCACUUAUAAUUCAAUUGAUAUUGUUGUCGACGAUAUUGUUAACUAUCCCAUCGAAUUUUUGAACUCACUACAACCACAUGGUACAGGUCCUCAUCGUCUACGGCUGAAAAAAUGGACUCGUAUUAUGCUAUUACGUAAUUUGACACCACCAAAAUUAUGUAAUGGUAUAAGAUUAAUUGUGCACAAACUCACGAGAAACUGUAUUGAGACAAAUAUCCUCACUGGUUGUGGUAAAUGUAAAGCUGACAUUAUUUCUCACAUACCUUCUAAUUUCAAGUUAGUUUAA